AUGGAGACCUUACUUGCAGCCUGCUGGUGCCUUCGUCUCUGCCGUUUUAUCAUCUUCACGGAACAUCAACGCAUCAACUUUCUUCGGGAAAAAUUCGCGUGCUUCCUCUACUGCCCGCGGGUGCCUGCCAACUACGACCAAUCUUCUGGGGCGAAUGCGCCCAGCUCAUCAUCCUGCAUGGAGAGCGUGAAAGACAUUCCCCAGACGCCACAGGUCCCGUCAGCCGCCCCACACUGGGUGGUGCGUACAUUUCCAGUAAUCGAUCACGGGCAUGGGGAAGCGGCGUGCAAAGUUAUGAUCGAGGUCGCCUUUGGGGAGCCGUUCCAGCAACAAAACCUGUACAUCUCUGAGCACGGCAUGGAGAUUGUCCAGGCGACUGCGUGCAUUUUCAACAUCUCGAUGAGCGACACCGCGGGCAGGCGGUACGAGAAGGCGUACAGGCGUGCGACAAAGCUUACCGACCUGCUGGAGGGGCUGAACCCAGCGGAGCCACUUCCAGAGUUUUGGGGCUUCCCGCACGUAACCACCAGGAGCAAGAAGACGAUUGGAAGGUGUAAUUGGGAAGCCCUGAUGAAGAUGGAAGCGCCCAAGAACCUGCCAAAGUUCUUGAAGAAGAUCACGCUGACAUUUCCAAGGUCCAAGCUCCUCGCGCUCCAAGGCCCUUCCGUCAUCUUCCAGCUCAACCCCCCGCCCACAGAGCCGCCGCAACAUCCCCACCCCUGUCGUCAACAAACGGAAGAGAACGAGACCGGGGAAGAAAUUGACCCCCGGGAAGCACAAGUAGCUCCAUCUUCGGCAGAUUGUUCAGUGUCUCCCGUCUCGAACCGUCAACCGGAGCCCCUCACGCAAGAGCCGGAAUACUACCCCAUUGAGCAUUUUGAGCCGGCCGCGUCGUCCACGAACGAGAACGCAGAGGCCCUGGAUCUGGUCGCGCCAGUCACUUCGUGCCCGGGGGACUGUACUGAGCAAGAAAUUCCGGAGCACCUGCCAAGUAUCAGCGAAGACCAGGGGCGGUUUGAAACGCACGAGGAGGGUGAAGCCGCGGAACAGCAUCCCGGUGCUGCAGCGCAUUCUAUGGACACGGACGUGGCGGCUGACGUCAGCAGAGCGCGCUCCGGUUCUUCCGGAAGCAGCCCGGCGCAGGAGGCGGGCAAGAGGACGAAGCGAGACCUUGCGGGAGGGGUUCAGGUGGAGAAUGGGCGACAAAACGGGGCCGGCGAGGGGGGCGGCACAAUCCCCAGGACGGCGGCCGAACCACUCGCAUCAUUAAACCCGAACGAGAAGAACCCUGGAAAGGAACCCGAGGCGGGGGUGAGAAAUUCCGGGGGCAAAGAGAACACGCCAGCGUCCGAAACGGACCCGCACCCGAGCCAACACUCACUCGGAGAAUCGGGGUGUGCUGACGUCAGCAGAAGCCUGCACGAGUCGGGGUCCCUCGCAAGCGCUGCCGGGGACUUGGGGGCGUCUCAGCGGAACGCGAUCGUGAACGACCGGGUCGCCGGGCUGGGGUCCACAGGGGGCAGCGCGACGGUCACCGAGGUUUCUAGCGGGGAGGAUCCGUAUGAGGCGUUCAAGCCGCAGGCGGACGCACGAGAGCGGGUAUUGAACGGGGCCUUUCCGGCAACUAACCCGUCUCAAGAUCCGCUAUCGCCAGCUGGCAGCUCUGUGGGGGGCACUUCAGGCGCGGAAAUCUACCCCCCUCCGCCAGCGGGCUCUCCGUCGCCUCCCCCUCCGCCCCCGGCCGACGAAGUGCUGAGCCCCUCCGAGUUGCUACAGCGGGGCAUGGACGAGAUGUCGGAGCGGGUUAUACACGAGAUGAUGUAUCACCACUCGGCUGGGAAGGACCCGGCAAAGCGGCGCCUCUUGAUGGAAAGAAUCAUGUUUGCGGAGCCGCAGGCUGUGGAGCGCAUGUCCCGGUGUCUCUUCCCCGCCCCGCAGCCCACCGCCUCUCCCGCUGCGCCUCUCAGGCUGGGAGGGAAGUUCUUCGACCUCAAUACCCACCUUACGCAGCUCACGUUCCGACUGUGCCAGACGAUCGUCGAGCAAUCCGCACGGGGGACGCUGGGGACGGUGCGCAAUACCGUACACGUGGACGAUCUGUGGGGCUGGAUGAGCUUCCUUCCGCCGGAGGCCCUCCACCACUUCUGCACCGGGUCGAAGGUCGUCGUCACCAACGAUCCCGUGGGACUGAUCUACCGCCUUCGUCACAUGGACGCCCACGGUGGAACUCAUCCAUGCCUGAUCAUCAUUGGCGACGGGAGCUCCCUCACGUGGCCCGUCUGGAUCUUCCGGCAGCUCGGCAAGCGGGUCGCACGCUCGAUGCUGGCGCUGUACCGUGCGAUCCGGCUCCCGCUCCCCCUCCCCGCGCACGUCUUCACGGAGCAGGGAAACGACCCCGCGGUGCAGGGGUCGUAUGAGAAGGUGAUGGAGGCCUCGGAGAACGGCCAGCUCUGGGAGUUCCUGGAGAUGGUGCGAGGGCUGCCGCUCGCCCCCGGAGCGACGCUCGUCACCUGGUGGGGGUACGAAGCCGUACUAGCGAAAGAAAGGGUGUCCUCGGUCGGCAGGUGCCAGUUUUUCCGGGACUAA